GUAAGUACCCCGUACACCCAAUUUCUUCCCCAAAUCAGCUCCCUUUCUCUCGUCAAUUCGUCCCCUGUUCUCCAAAACCCUAACCCUAGCGAUUCUCCGAUUAUUCAAUUUGAAGACGAUUUCGGGCAAGAUUAGCGUGAAAAAGUGACAGAUCGACGACGAAUUCAAUCGGAAGACGAACUUCGCACAUCGAGAGGAGGAAAACGCGAAGUAUUUGAAGGAACUCGUCCUUGAUGCUAGAGCACAUGAUGUGGGUGUAGUAGUUCUAGCCUAGAGAUAUGGGGCUGGUGUGUCUCUAUGCCUUUCUGGUGCUUCCUACUUAACAGCGUAUGCUUGCAUGCCCGCCCAAAACCCGUGCAUCUGGACCAGCCAAGGAAACCGAAACCUAAAAUUUUCUGGUCUAUAACAGCAGAAAGGCUACUCUAGCUUCCUAGAUGCAAAACAUUGGUUCUUACAGUAUGGAUCCUGAUCUUCUGAUGAGUCGUAAGAAGAUGCAGGACACAAUGUUUUUUUCCCCUCACUUCUUACAGCAGUCAGUGUCUCCUGAGAAGGCAGAGUAAUCCAUACGGCGAAUGGAUACAAAGGUUACCAGAUAUUUCUAGGAAAUUGGAGGAGCGCAUAUUUAAGGAUGCCCCCUCAAAGGAAGAUUAUAUGAACAUGACGGUGGCGAAAAUUGAUCAGCAAUUACAGUCUAUAUUGAGGAAUGUACAAAGCAGUCAACAAUCGUCUCAACAUAUAUCAUCUUCCUCUGCCAUUAGUACGAUGAUACCAACACCUGGUAUGCUUCAUAGCGGCAGCAGUCUAAACACAGUAGUGAAUAUGGAAAACACAUCGAGGAAUACCAGCGGUACAAGUAUGGUGGUGCAAACCACAAAUUCUGGGACUUUACUACCUACUCCAUAUGGUUCCGCCAGUGUUGAACCUAGUCCCAGUGGUUACCAACAAUCACCUGUUAAUGUUGCUCAUGGUUCUGGUGGAAGCAGUAUGAUGCCAUCUACUGGCAUAUCGCAGGAAUCAAGUCAAAUGAUGCCAACUCCUGGAUUAAACAAUGCACAGUCAAUGCCAAUAAACUCUGAACGCUCUCAUGGAGGUGGAUUGUCCAACAUUGAUGCGACUAUGGUCUCUCAUCAACCACAGCAAAAGCAAUAUGUUGGAAGUCAAAACAGUCGUAUAUUGCAAACCCUUGGAGGCCAAAGAGGAGCUGGGAUGAGGUCUAAUAUGCAACAGAAGGCUUCAGCAUACGGGCUUCCAAAUGGAGUUCUGGGUAACAGUUUAGGUUUAAUUGGAAGUAAUGUCCAGUCAGUGAAUGGGCUUGAAGCACCUGAGGGGUACCCGAGCACUGCUUCUUAUGUUAGUUCUCCAAAAUCUUUACAUCAACAUUUUGACAGACAUCAUCGCCAGCAAGUAGUACCAACAUCAUUGUCACAGCAGUUGUUGCCUGCAGGAGGUCAUGGAUAUCCAAAUGCAGCUGAUUUAUCAGAUUCUAGGAAUUUGUAUGGUUCUGCAUCAUCUUAUGCAUCUACAGUUAAUAACAGCCAAAAAACAAAUUCCAUGACUUUGCAUUCAAAACCAAGAAUUAACCACGGAGUCUUAACUCAUCAUUCUAGUUUGCCGUCGUCACUACAGCCUUCACACGUUAAGACUCCAAUGGUUGAUAGUUCACAACAUAUGAAUUUCCAAACACCGCAAACAUCCCAGGACCAUUUGUUCCAUUCACAACAACAAAUGCAAAAUUUUCAAUCUAAGCAAUUUCAGCAGCCUCAUCAGUCCUAUGAAAAGCUCGUUCAACACCAGCAUCAGCAACAUGCUCAAGGAAACCACGGUCAACAACUUAUACCAAAGACCGACACCUUAAGGCAGUCUUCUACAUCAUCUAAUAUUGGGGGGCAGUUGCCACAAGAGCAUGGUACUGGAUCCUAUAUUGAGUCAUUGCUCCCUCACGCCACCCAGCAACUUCACCUGUCAGAGGGUCAAAAUCAAUUCCAGAAUAAUACUCCUAUCAGCAACCUUUCUAAUGAUACUCAGUUUCUUGGUCAAUUCUCUGGUUCGCAGGAUUUUCGACCUUCUUUAUCACAAGGUUCUCAGCAUAUGCUGCAGGCUACCGAAUCACAAAAUGACUUUAGCCAUCUCUUGACUGCAUCACAACCUGAUGCAUUUCAGCAGCAUUGGAACCCUCAGCUGCAACAAAAAUCACAAAUAGCUGACAGUUUGUUACUUGAGAAGCAGUUGCAAGAGGAACUCCACCAGAGAAUUAAUGGACAGGAUGAAGCUCAACAACCUAAAAUGUCUUCAGACGGUUUUUCUGUUCAUGCUCCUGCAAUGCAAAGUGUUACUGUCCCACAACCAUCGAGUGGAUUAGUUUGUGAACUAAACUCUACACAGAAAAGGAAUUAUCAUAACCAGAUGAGGUGGUUGCUUCUUUUGCUUCAUUCUCGUAGAUGUUCAGCUCCUAAAGGGUCAUGCCAAGAACCUAAUUGCGUAACGGUUCAAGAAUUAUGGUUGCACAUGGAUAGGUGUAACUCGCAACAAUGUGGGCUUCCUCGUUGUUAUCAGUCAAAACGUCUUCUUCGCCAUUUUCGUAAAUGCCAAACAGAGGCUUGUCCGGUAUGCAUUACUGUACGUAAAUUUGUAGCCUCCCAUCGUAAAGCACGGAAUGUGCCUCAUUCCAAUGCUUGUAUAGAAGUUCAGAGAAACGAAUCAUGGAAAUUUAUCAGCACAACAAGCAACGAUAGUUUGACUAGUAAGAAUGGCUCUGUGCCUUUUGAAACUUCUGAUGCGCCAGAAUCAUCACCAAAACGCUUGAAGGCUCCACAAUCCUUCCCUUCACUUGUACCCAAGAGAGAAACUUCUCCUGUUUCUCUUCCUCCCAUGAACCUGCCUAAUGCUUCAUUGGACAAACAAUUCCAAGGCUCCCACCAAGCUGAGUUAGUCAUGCCUUCUAAGCCCGAGUUUGAGGUUGUUGAAGUGAAAAUUGAUUCGUCAAUAGGAUCUGGGAGAGGACAUCUUCCCAUCUUUGGUGACUCAGAAGGUGAUCAUUCAAAGAAUCUACAUGUUGGGAGGACUGAUCUUGAACCUAUGUUUCUCAAUGAAAUUGACGGUCAUGCUAAGCAAGAAACUGUUGUUGAAAAAGAGAUGGAUCAAGCUGUAGAAGUUAAGCAGGAAGUAAAUGCCCCACAAGCUGACCCUGAAGGUGGAAGUAAAUCAGGAAAACCAAAGAUCAAAGGUGUAUCACUCACUGAAUUGUUUACUCCAGAGCAAAUAAGGGAGCACAUUGUUAGCCUUCGGCAGUGGGUUGGCCAGAGUAAAGCUAAGGCUGAAAAGAAUCAAGCAAUGGAACGUUCAAUGAGUGAAAACUCAUGUCAAUUGUGUGCAGUUGAAAAACUCACCUUUGAACCCCCUCCGAUAUACUGUACUCCAUGCGGUGCUCGCAUAAAACGAAAUGCAAUGUAUUAUACCAUGGGGAGUGGUGACACCCGACACUUCUUUUGUAUUCCAUGUUACAAUGAGGCUCGUGGAGACACUAUCGAAGUAGAGGGUUCUGCAUUUCCAAAGGCAAAGCUUGAGAAAAAGAGAAAUGAUGAGGAAACUGAAGAAUGGUGGGUUCAAUGUGACAAAUGUGAAGCCUGGCAGCAUCAAAUAUGUGCGCUCUUUAAUGGGCGAAGAAAUGAUGGAGGACAAGCAGAGUACACUUGUCCUAAUUGCUAUAUAAAGGAGAUAGAAAAAGGGGAACGUAAACCCUUACCGCAGAGUGCUGUUCUUGGAGCAAAAGAUUUGCCAAGAACAAUUCUGAGUGAUCAAAUAGAGCAACGCCUUUUUAAACGACUGAAGCAGGAGAGACAAGAGAGAGCAAGACACCUUGGAAAAAGUUAUGAUGAGGUUCCAGGCGCUGAAGCACUUGUUGUCAGAGUUGUUUCAUCAGUUGAUAAAAAAUUGGAAGUGAAGCAGCGGUUUUUGGAGAUUUUUCAGGAAGAAAAUUACCCAACAGAAUAUCCCUACAAAUCUAAGGUUGUGUUGUUAUUUCAGAAGAUAGAAGGUGUAGAAGUAUGCCUAUUUGGGAUGUAUGUCCAAGAAUUUGGUUCAGAAUGCCAAUUUCCUAAUCAGCGGCGUGUUUAUCUUUCAUAUCUGGAUUCUGUCAAAUACUUCAGGCCUGAUAUCAGAACAGUGACAGGAGAAGCUUUGCGUACUUUUGUUUACCAUGAAAUUCUGAUUGGAUACCUUGAAUAUUGCAAAAAACGAGGUUUUACGAGUUGUUACAUAUGGGCUUGUCCUCCACUGAAAGGCGAGGACUAUAUAUUAUAUUGCCAUCCUGAAAUUCAGAAGACACCAAAGUCAGACAAGCUGCGAGAAUGGUAUCUAGCGAUGCUCCGCAAAGCUGCGAAGGAAAAUAUAGUUGUGGAGCUUACUAAUUUAUAUGAUCAUUUUUUUGUGACUAUUGAGGAAUGCAAGGCCAAGGUGACGGCUGCUCGAUUGCCAUAUUUUGAUGGUGAUUACUGGCCGGGUGCUGCAGAGGACAUGAUUAAUCAGCUUCGUCAGGAGGAGGAUGGUAGAAGGCAGCAGAAGAAAGGAAAAACUAAAAAGACGAUAACAAAAAGGGCUUUAAAAGCUGCUGGUCAAACUGACCUUUCUGGAAAUGCAUCCAAGGAUGCUCUAUUGAUGCAAAAACUUGGGGAAACUAUCUGUCCCAUGAAAGAAGAUUUCAUAAUGGUCCAUUUGCAGCAUUCAUGCACACAUUGCUGUCUACUUAUGGUGUCUGGAAUACGUUGGGUUUGCAAUCAGUGCAAGAAUUUCCAGCUUUGUGAAAAGUGUUACGGUGCAGAACAAAGACUUGAUGAGAGGGACAAGCAUCCUGUCAAUGGUAGAGAUAAGCACAGCCUUUACCCGGUUGAAAUCAGUGGCGUGCCAUCAGAUACUAAGGACAAAGACGAAAUCCUUGAAAGCGAGUUUUUUGAUACGAGACAGGCAUUUCUGAGCCUUUGCCAGGGAAAUCAUUAUCAAUAUGACACUCUACGUCGUGCCAAGCAUUCCUCAAUGAUGGUCUUAUAUCAUCUUCAUAAUCCAACAGCACCUGCAUUUGUAACCACUUGUAAUGUCUGCCAUCAUGACAUUGAAGCUGGUCAGGGUUGGCGUUGUGAAAUUUGCCCCGAUUUUGAUGUAUGCAACAGCUGUUAUCAGAGAGAAGGAGGUGCUGGUCAUCCUCAUAAGUUAACGAAUCAUCCCUCAGUGGCUGAGCGUGAUGCUCAGAAUAAAGAAGCCCGGCAAAAACGAGUAGUACAGCUGAGGAAAAUGCUUGAUUUAUUGGUGCAUGCUUCCCAAUGUCGCAUGCCACACUGCCAAUAUCCAAAUUGUCGUAAAGUGAAAGGUCUUUUCCGCCAUGGGAUACAUUGCAAGACGCGCGCUGCAGGAGGUUGCGUCAUGUGCAAGAAAAUGUGGUAUCUCCUUCAACUUCAUGCCCGGGCAUGCAAGGAGGCAGAGUGUCAUGUUCCGCGGUGCAAGGAUCUGAAGGAACAUCUUAAGAGACAGCAGCAGCAAUCUGAUUCGAGACGCCGAGCUGCAGUGAUGGAAAUGAUGAGACAACGGGCUGCAGAAGUUGCAGGGGGCAGUGACUAACAUAUAUUCAAAGCUUUAUUAUACGUUACGUAGCAAGUAGGCUGCCCCCAUAAAAAUUUGCCCAAAGCGCCUUUUAGAAGCAGUUUAAGGUCAGGAGUUCGAGGAAGUUCCACAGAAAGUGUAGAUGCCUUGCUAUCAAUGUUGCUAAUAGCCCAGGAUGAUGGAUUUAUGUGUUAACUUAUUUCCAUUAUUUUGUAAAAAAAUGUUAUUUAUUUAUAUAGUGAAAUAAGCUCGCAUCUUUUUUCAUACACCAGACAAUGAUAUGUAGACAAUUAAUGGUGUACUACAUUUGUACGUGUAAAUGCAAAUUAGGAAGUUGUAAAAGUUUGGUUGAGUGGAUGCUGAUUCAGACGGCCAGAUCAGUUAGUCUGCAAGGUAAAAGACGCAAUCAUCUGAAGCCCGGAGAAGAAGAUGAGAAAACCUUGGCAAUACUUAAUUUAUAUUGUAUUUACCUUUAUAUGACAAUGCUACAAAUUGAUUUGAAACA